AUGGAUCAAUUCAAGAUUGGAAUUUAUUCUGUUGUUUCGAGUAAUGAUAAGAAUGAUUGGCAUUUGAAGUAUUCUUCAAAAUCUGAUGAAAAGUUUUUAAAGUUUAUAGUAUUUGGGGAUUGGGGAAGAAAGGGAGCAUUCAAUCAGUCACAUGUUGCAGAGCAGAUGGGAUAUUAUUGUCAAAAUUUUGGAUGUGAUUUUGCUAUUUCAACUGGAGAUAAUUUCUAUCAAGAGGGUGUAAAAUCUGUAGAUGAUCCUUUGUUUAAGGAGAGUUUUGAAAAUGUGUACAAACAUGAAAGUUUGCAAAAAAUUCCAUUCUUAUCUGUUUUGGGAAAUCAUGUUGGAAAUUUUGAUUUUAGAGUUCAAUUUUUGUUUUUCGAUACUAAUCCAUUCAUUCACAAGUAUUAUACUCAUCCUAAAAUGAAUAAGGAAGCCCUCCACAAAACCAGAGAUAUUCGAGCUCAAAAAAAGUACAUGGAAACUAAUGUGAAUGAAUUUGCCACCGAUGAUAAGAAAAGUGAUAUUCCAUUGUGGAAGAUUGCAAUUGGACAUCAUCCAUUCUAUUCAGCAUCCACACACGGAGACAAUGAAAAUCUCAUUGAACAUUUACUUCCAUUCCUUAGGAAGAAUGAUAUUAGAUAUUAUUUUUCAGGACAUGACCACAGUAUUCAAUACUUGAAACCAUACGACACUCUUAACCAUUUCAUUUCUGGAGCUGGAUCAGCUGUUCGCUUUGAUGUUUCAAACCACCAUCCAUACUUGAAGAAAUUCCAACAAGAAUCUGGAUUUAUCUAUAUAAGAUUAUCUUCGAAUAUUAUGGAACUUUCAUUUGUAAAUCUGUUUGGAAGAGUUACAGAACGUAUUAAAAUACCACGAGAAUAA